AUGCAGUGGAAGACCCUUUUCCUAGCCGCUGCGGCGAUCCCGCAGCAAGUCUCUGCCCAGUAUGCCACGGCGGCCAUGAUGCGUUUCCAGUGUUCUAGACUAGUUGUCGAGCGUGUAGACCCCCUCGUGUCUCCGGGCCUAAUCCAAUCGCCCCAUAUACAUCAGGUUGUCGGCGGAAACUCGUUUAAUGCGACUAUGGCACCUGUUGAAUACGACCUUCCCUCAGAAUCGACCUGCACAACUUGCUCUUUCAGCGAAGAUUUCUCCAACUACUGGACAGCCAACUUGUAUUUCAAAGCCCGCAACGGGACUUACAAGAGGGUGAAGCAGAUGGUUAACCUAGGUCUUCAAGGUGAGGAGGGAAUGACCGUCUACUAUAUCCCGCCCUAUGACGGCCACACCCAGGUUACCGCCUUCAAGCCGGGUUUCCGAAUGCUCGUCGGUGAGGCCAUGCUACGCACAGCCCAAGGUCAGCAAAAGCAGCUCUGCCACCGCUGCUACACCAACGUCAACCAGACUCCCUUCGGCGGUGCACCCUGUGCAGACCCACAAAUGGAUACAGCUGCACUCCCAAACAAGCAAUGCGACGGCGGUAUCCGUGCUACCAUUACCUUCCCAACUUGCUGGGAUGGUAAAAACCUGGACAGCCCCGACCACAAGAGCCACGUCGCGUAUCCGUCGAGCGGGAGCUUCGAGAUGUCCAGCGCAUGCCCGUCGACGCACCCGGUGCGCUUGCCGCAAGUCAUGUACGAAGUAAUGUGGGACACUCGAGAGUUCAACGACCCCUCAAUCUGGCCUGAGGAUGGUAGCCAGCCCUUCGUAUACAGUAUGGACGACCAAACCGGCUAUGGCUGGCAUGGUGACUACAUGUUUGGUUGGAAGGGAGACGCCCUGCAACGCGCAUUGGACGCUCGAUGCUCCAACGACAAGUGCUCCCAGCUUCAGACCCAGACGCCGGCCGAGGCCGCGGCUUGCAAGAAGGAGCAGACCAUCAAGGAGGAUAUAGACGGAUGGCUGACUGAGCUGCCGAGCGUGACGAUGUGA